AUGAAGUCCCCCGAGCUUCACGAGCUCAAGGAUUUGGAUGCAGAGGGCCGACCUUCGGAGAAUGGCUCUAAUUUUUGGAUCAGGUCGGAUCUUUCUGCCCUCAGGGCAAUUCCUGUUCCUAUCCAGACUGGUCGCUUGAUUAAGGCCCAUCAACCACAAUAUUCGGCCAGCUCGUUGAACCGUUUCUGUCCUUGUAUGUUUAUGUGUCCCUCUAUAUAUUCCUUUAGCUAAUCACAUGCCCAGGAUUUACGCCAGGAUUGGGUAUUUCAUCGGAUCUUAUCCCAAAUCAUGCUUUUGUCUGAGCGUGAUUUUAUGUAUUAUUGGAAGUAAGUACAAUUUGGCGAGACUUUGUUGAUAAAACAAAGGUGUCAAAAGCUGCUUAAACCUGCUUAUUUUUGUUAUGAAAGUGCUUACAAACCCGAACAAAAACUAAAUGAUAACUUACAGUACCCCUGUGUUUUAGGUGCGGGAUUAAGAUCUGUGGAUUUCCGAGAUAAUGUCCGGGAUGGCUACACUCCUAUCACAUCCAGAGCCAGAUUGGAAUCCAAUUAUUUAAGACAAUUUAUGAAUUCUACCGGUAAUUUGAUUAAUUACAUAUGUUUUUAUUUUUAGGUGAUCCAAUAUCCACAAUAAUGUUGUUACGGGCUAAAGAUGGAGGCUCGAUGCAUCGUUUGAGGCAACUGAAGGAAGCCACUGAUUUGGUGGAGUACUUUAGCUCUAACCUCACAAUCAGAUGCACCGAGCGCAGUAACUGCACCUUCAUGGAUGUCUGCGGAUCUUUUUGUUUUACCUCUUUCUUCGUCCGUCAGUUUUAUGUAAGGAUUACCGGCCAAAGAAACGUAUUUUUAGACCGGAUUGAAGAAACAAGUACUUAAAUACAACGAGGGGAAGCCUCUUUCGUCGAUCACUAAUCUGACAUUCCCUCGGGGCAGAUCUGACGGAGUGGAUUACCAAUUGGAGGGAAACUUUUUCGGGGUCAAGCUAAGACCAUCAAAUGAUACAAGGCCAAAGCCCGCAGGCAUCGUCCCUAAGAGUAAUUGUAGCUGCGAAUCAAGCGAGUUAACCGAAGUCAAGGCCGUGUCUUAUAUCGAUUACAUCGAAGUAGGUUACUAUAAUUUUUGAUAACAUUUUUUAGUUAAUAAUGAUCGUGUUUCGUGGGGAUUUCAAGAAACCAGGGGACGAAGAACGGAUGAAAGGAUGGGAAAUGGGAGUUUACAGGCAUCUCCGGGACCUCAAGACAUCCGAAGUUGAAGUUCUUUUAUUGGGGAAUGAGAUCGUAGACUAUGAGAUGAAGGAAGAUGGCCGUGGAAUGGCUCCUUACUUUGCCGCAGGUAUCUACUCCUGCUCAUUCAUGAAUUGUAUUCCAGGCAUUAUCCUGACCAUUGUCUUCGUCUGCUGUUCCGUUGUCGCAGAUUCCAUUGUUGCCGAUGUGAUGGAUAUCGGGAAGAUAAUCAUGGCUGCAUUUGUAAUCUUAUGCCCCAUCCUUUCUCUUCUGGUCACUUUUGGAAUUUUCGGAUGGCUAGGAUGGCGAGUGAAUUCUGUGGCCAUGAUAACUCCAUUUCUGAUUAUGGGCAUCGGAGUGAAUGACUCUUUUCUUAUUCUUCACGCCUGGCAUCGGACUCCAAUCAGAAAGAUAUCCCUUGCACAGCGAAUGGGUCUUAUCUUAGAGGACGUGGGCCCUUCGAUUACGAUCACCACAAUCACAGAUGUGACUACUUUUAUUUUGGGAUCUCUGACUCCCACUGAGGAGAUCAGCAUCUUCUGUUAUAUCACGGCGAUUGCCUUGUUUUGGUGUUAUUUCUUUACUCUUCUCUUGUUCUUCCCGAUGAUGGUGUAUUGUACUCGUUUAGAAGAAGAGCAUUUCCCGCCCAGUUCCAACCAGAUCCCGCAUAAAGUAAGCAGUCAUAACAGACUUUAAUCCUCCAGGAGACCAGACUUAGUCGCUUAUACCAUAACGUCUCGGUCAUAUACUGCAGAUGGAUCAUGCAUCCAGCCACCGGUAUAAUCGUAUGUAUACUGGUUGUAUUCACCUUGAUUGCGUCUAUUAUUGGAUUUAUUCAAAUCGAUUCCCGAUUGGACACGGAGAAGAUCUUGCCUCAUGAUUCCCCGAUUAGAGAACCACACAAAUUGAUCGCUCACAAGGUAUGGACUGACUACUACCCGGUUACUGUAUUUGUGAACAAACCCGUUAAUCUUGAUGACAACCGGGUCUUGAAUGAGGUCAAUCGGAUGGCCAUGGAGUUCGAAAAAAUGGAGAAAUGCAAGGGUGGGUGGUAAGGAGUAGUAAAAUGAUCUUUAAGGAGCCGAGUUCACCCAUCUCUGGGUCAGGGAUUUCGAAAAGUUUAAGAAAGAUCAGACAAAUCUGGGUGAUAUGUUCGACUUCGAAGAUUCAGAAGCUGAGACUACAACCACUUUGAGGCCGCGAGCUCAAUUAAAACCUUAUUACAACAAAUUGGAAAGCUUUUUGAACCAAUUUUAUUACCAACAUUACUCUUCUUUUCUGAAAGUAGAUUACUCAGAGUGGGUAACUCGUAAUCAAAAACAUGUUUUAUUUAGAGAGAUCCCCGUGAGAGCAUUCUGGUUUACUGUAAUUUAUCAUAAUACCACCAAUUGGGACGAAAAGAUUGCUCUGAUGUUACAACUGAGAUCAGUGGCUGAUCAAUUCAAUGAUCUGGGAGUGAGUGUCUGGGAAGUGAAUGGGAUGUUCGUCGAUCAGAUGCUGUCUCUCAAGUCCCUCACUUAUUAUGUAAGUUAUCUAUCAGAGGGUUGUAAAGAAUGUUUAGAACGGCGCCAUUACAAUCGUCUGCAUGGCUAUAAUCAGCAUCUUCUUUAUCAGCCAGGGCUUCCUGAUAUGGCUGGCUGUGAUGUCAAUCGCAUCGAUUGCCCUGGAAGUCAUCGGAAUCUUAUCGUGGUGGGGAUUGGACCUUGAUCCUGUAACUUUAUGUGCCUUUCUGAUGAGUGUGGGGAUGAGUGUAGACUUCACAGCUCAUAUUGCGUACAAUCUCAAGGUAUGUAUAUGUAAUAUGUACAUUUGAACCGGGAAAAUUAUGUAUUUUAGCUAACGGAUACAAUUCGUGUGCAUCAUGGGCAGUUGUAUCGAUACGAACUCCAGACUAGACAGCAUAAAGUGAUAGCCACACUAGAGGCUGUUGGAUGGCCAACAGUCCAAGCGGGAGUCAGCACAGUCGUCUGCAUUCUUCCUUUAAUCCUAUUACAAGUAAGACUCACCGCAAUAUUCUUUUUUUUUUUGUAAAUUUUCUGUAAAAUAUUUCUUUUCCAGAAUUAUAUUCCUUUGGUAUUUGUGAAAACAAUAUCUUUGGUCGUCAUCUUCGGUCUCUUACACGGACUGCUGAUAGUUCCCUCCGUUUACACAUUGUCUUGGCAAUGUCUGGAAUAUCUGCAGAAAGUACUUGGAUGUGAAAGUGUCGAAGACAAGCCGGAUUUAUCCAAGAACAGGACCAAUGGCGUCAGUGAGAGUCUGCUCGUCGAGAAGCCUGUCAAUGACUCCUGA